CCUGCUUUAGAGAUCUCCGGUAUCAGAUUAGAAUAUCACUCUUUUUAGGGAUGGGGUAUUAGUGAUUCAGCAAUGAGGCUGGGAAAGUGAAAGCAAAGGAGGAAGGCAAGUGCAGCGGGUGGCGGAAGAGAACCGAGAGAGGUCCUAAACUCGCUUUCUUCUUGGAACCAAAACACUUCUAAAGCGCUUGAACUGAUUGGAAGUACAGAUCUGUUUGGAGUUGGUCAGAGUCUAAUUGAUAAUGGCUGUGAGAGGGCUGAUGAACAUAAACCACCUGUUCCUUUCCAGCAUGAAGAAGUCCUGGCUUAUCAAAUUGACUACAGAGAUAGUGUUCAUAGGAGGAUCAACUAGGUUUUUUUGUCUUAAACUUGGGAAGUCCAAUGACGCAUUAGACAAAGAAAACACCAUUUUGGUGCACAGUCUGGAAGCUUUGGGUGUGGAUGUCAGAAUGGUCAGACAAAGACAGCCUGGUGUUCUGAGGAAGCAGAUUACAAAUGAAGAAGGCCUGGAGAAGUUUUUGCAGGCCAAAGGAGCUAACAAAGAAACUAUCGCAAGUAUUAUCUCACGGUACCCACGUGCCAUCACACGCUCACACCAGUCUCUCAGAGAACGCUGGGAAAUUUGGCGAAGUAUUUUGAUGACUGAUGUGGAAAUUUUAACCAUCCUGCAGCGUUCCCCAGAAUCCUUUUUUCGUUCUGGAAACAAUGAAAACAUGCAGGAAAAUAUAACAUUUUUUUGUUCCAUUGGGCUAAUGCCCAGUGAUCUUUGCAAGAUGCUUACCAGAACUCCGAGAGUAUUUUCUAACAGCGUGGAGCUCAAUAAGCAAAUGGUAGAUCUCUUGUGUGAAAUCUGUUUAUCUCUAGGAGGUGAGAAUCCAGAUGACUUUGUUAAGCAGUUGAUAUCUAGAAAUGUUUUCAUCUUCUUACGGAGCCGCAAGCAAGUGAAAGCCAAUAUUAAUCUACUGCAGUCAUCUUUUAAUCUGGACAAUGAGGAAUUACUGAUGUUGCUUCAUGGUCAAGGAGGUGAUGUUCUAGAUCUCUCUAAUGAAUACCUUAAAAAAACUCUUGCAAACGUGAAAGAGAAACUGUUAUCUCACGGGUGCACUGAAAAGGAAGUGGAUAUGUUUGUGCUGAAGCACCUUCGCAUUCUGUACCUUUCUUCCCAGAACCUGAAUGAUAAAAUAGAUUUCCUCAUACAGGCAAAUAUUGACAUCGAGCAAAUAGCAAAAUGCCCUCUAGUGCUAGACAAAAGUAUCAGCACCAUGAGUCAUCGAAUCGAGGAGCUGGAGAAACUAGAUUAUAGCUUUACAGAUCAUGGAAUUGGAAUUCUUGCACUGAGUCAACAACGGUUUGAAAUUAAACUGAAAAAGUUACGUAGUACAUAAUGACUGGCUUAGAAAAGGCACAGCAAAA